GCGUGUCUAUCAAAAGUGCGCCAGUUGGAUAUGCGUCAUGAGACGCGGAGACACUCCGUCCGCGCCGUGAUUGGAUGACAUGGCUGUCCGUCUGCCGUUUCUGCCCUACGAUUGGCUGAGAGUGUCAGAGGGCGGGGACGUGUGUGUGCGGUCAGUGAAGAGCGCAGGGCGGAUCAGCGUGAGGCCGCGACACCGACACACGCACGAAAAACUCUCUGAAAUCAACGGAAACGAGUAAGAGUCAUGGCGGAUCUGAGCUUGACCGAUGCUCUGACCGACAGCGUUCCUCAGCCUGACAUGGAGAAGAUGGUGGAGAGGGAUUUUAUGGCCACGCUGGAGGGCGAGACCUUCGACGAUCAGGUCGGAGAGACGGUUGACAAGACCAACUUCGUCCCACUGCUGGACAAUGACGGGAAGGAUCCGAGUACAGUAGUCGAGACAGUACAGCAGGAAGUCCAAGGGGCUCAAAACCCUGGCGCCGUGAAUCCACUGAUGCCACAAAGAGAGACGUCUCUUCAGACUGAGCAGCAGACGUUUGGGACACACUUACUAUCAGACUCAGCGUCUGCUUUUCCUGAUCAGUGGAGCUCACAGUCCAGCGCUCCACAGAUGAUGGACAGCAGCCCGAUUGCAGCCUUCACAGGUUUGUCUGAGCCCAGUGUAAUGACGGCGGUGAUCACAGGUGCUGCUCCUUUCCAGACAGAAAGUUUGGUUCGGUCUGGUUUGACUGAAGUGCAUGAGAAACCUAUGAGUCCAGCUGCUCAAGCCACCGAAGCCCCCAAAAUAGCAGCUGAACCCCUGGCAGCCACGACACCCAAGAGCCCACGGGACACACCUGCAGGUGUCUUUGGUGACCACUGGUCCGAUGAGGCCGGCAUUCCAUCUGACCUGCCCUUCACGCCCAGCGUUUCCACCGUUAUUAGUCGCCAUGCCGGUCCUUUAGUAGAGAGCAGCCCACAUGUCACGGCCGACCCUCAGUGGUCCCCAAGAGAUAGUGGGGCAGGAGAUGUAGAGGAAAGGGAAGGUGAAGGAUCUGACCGUAAGAAGGAGAAGAAGAAGAAAAAGCGGAGACCCAGGGAUGAGGUGUACGACUUCCCCACGGAUGUGCAGGGCGAAAGUGCUUUAUCUGACAGCCCCCACCAGCAAUCCCCACGCAAGGAACGGGACCGAGACGGUGGGUGGGAAGAUGGCGGUCACUUUGGGGGGAGAGUCAAGAAGCCAAAAAGCCGUAAGAAGAUUCCCGAGGAAUGGGCGAUCCAUGCAGAGCCCUUUGUCCCUGCUUCGGCUUGCAUGCCACAGGAGUUCGCAACUGAUUUCUCCCAAUCACCCCUUGAAGUUGACAGUGGACUUGUGUCGCUUCCUGAGGACUUCACCGAUGAGAAUCUCAUUCCUAUGUCUCUUACCCAAGAUCUUCUAUCCCUCACGGCCACUUCCCCACCACCCUCAACACAUGUUGAACCUGCAAUGCCCUCUCCAAAGUCUCCCGGACGAGCCCCCGAUUUAUCCCCCCAGCACCCCUUGUCCAUGUCAUCUGGAUUCCAAGAUAUCCUCAUGGAAACACACGAUUCUCUUGCUUGCAAUCUCAGCGACACUCAGCCUUUCGUCUCUCCUUGUGCGACCUUUGAGGAAGCAAUCUUUGGACAAGAUCAAACCUACACCACCCAAGAUUCACCAUUAAAGGAACCCCAGGCGUCCACCCCUGGAAGCACUUGUUUUGUACCCCCAAUGGAAGCACUGAUCUCGGCACCACCGUUUUCUCCAUCUGGACCUGUGUGGUCUCUUAAUAACCACAGUCAACCCUUUGAUCUUGAAGGUGUUGCCUUUGAGACCCCGGUUCCUGCACCUCUGCCUUCGCCCAAGAGCAAAGUCCCAAAGGAACCCAAAUCCAAACAAGGCAAGAAGCCCGGCUCAUCCUCAUCAAAGAGUCCAACCUCCCCUGAAGCAAAGUUGCCAUCUCCCCAGAAUUCCGGACUAAAUCCGGCCGCUCCACCGUUCUUCCCUAGUUUUGCAGAACCUCGGGAGCUCAAAGCAGGAGCGAUCUUCACUUUGGAAGAAAACUCUGAGAAGAACAAGCCGGAGGUGAACAAAAUAAACACCGUCCAGAAGUUCGAUGACUUUAAUGUUGUCAGCAAGACGGACAAAGAUCAGAAAAUGGAAACGGUGGAGGAGAAAGACAAAACUGUCCACACAACCAAAGGAGAAAACACCGAAGCUGUGGACAAAAUCAAAGACGUGGAUAAAUCAGAGAAGGAGGACAAGGAUGAAAUAGCACACAAAGUAGAAACGCCAGUGAAAGUUGAGAAAGAUACUAAAGAUGAGACUGAUAAGAUCACCGAUAAAAUCGAGACGGCAGAAAAGAUUGAUUCCUCUCCAGAGAUGGAGAAAGAGAAGAUUGAGCCGGUGGAAAAGAUUGAGCUGAAGACUGAAAAAGAAGUGAAAGUAGAGAAGAACAAAGAGGAAACGAAAGUCAAGGAGAACAAAUCCGAUCUGAAAGUAGAUGAACAGAAGAACAAAGAAGAACCGGUGAAGGAAGUGGAGAAGGAGAAAGCAGAACAGAAGACCGAACAAGACGAGACCCAAAAGGAGAAAGUAGAACAGAAAACAGAAAAGACUGAGCCGGCUGACAAGAAACCUGCCAAAGCUGAGAAGGACGAGAAAGCCAAAAAACCAGCUGCUAAACCCAAGUCUGUGGUGAGCAACGGUGCUCCUGGAAAAGACCUGACUAGUCCUGAGAAGAAGAGCAAGCCUGUCGCCAGUGCAACCAAACUUAGCUCCGCCAAGCCCCGGCCGAGCUCCGCCUCCAGCGCUACAGCCCCGCCCAAGCGCUCCACCCCUACCUCAACCACCAGUGCACCCGCCCCCCUCAGACAAAAAGCCCCAGUGCCCAAAGCUCCUGCCCCAGCCGCUGGCACCAAACGGCCCUCUACAGCGCCCACACGACCCUCCACUGCGUCCAGCACAGUCACCAGAGAGGUCAAGCCCAAGACGGUCACAGAGAAACGGCCGUCUGUGCCAAAGACUGCUGUGGCUCCGGCUCGACCCGCUGCAGACAAACCUGCGAGCGCAGCACGCCCCGCCGCCAGCGCUCCUGCUGCACGACGCCCCGUUGCAAAGACUGAGAGCAAACCAGGAGAUGAAAAGAAACCAAGCACACUGAAAACUACAGAUGCGGCCCGCUCUAAACCUGCUCCUCUCAAAGCCUCCACCACUACAAGCAGCAGCAUCUCUGCUCGCCCGCGAUCCACCAAAACACCCGUCUCCAGCAGCACUACAGCCGCCGCUGGGCCUGAGAAGAAGCCGGCGGUUCCCCGCGCUCCUCGACCCGCCUCCAGCUCCACCUCCAGCACCAGCGCAUUGACUCGCAGCACAGCGCGGCCCAGCUCCGGCUCCACACCGGCACCCGACACCAAAAACAUCCGCUCCAAGAUCGGCUCCACAGACAACAUCAAGCACCAGCCGGGAGGAGGGAAGGUCUCAGUGUCUCAGAGCUCGCCCUCCAAAGAGACCAGCCAGGGCAAAGUUCAGAUAGUCUCCAAAAAACUGGACUACAGUCAUGUGACUUCUCGCUUGGGCUCCAAGGACAAUAUCAAACAUGUUCCUGGAGGAGGGAACGUGCAGAUUCUCAACAAGAAGGUUGACUUGAGUAAAGUGGCCUCAAAGUGUGGCUCCAAGGCCAACAUCAAACACAAACCAGGUGGAGGAGAAGUCAGGAUCGAGAGCCGUAAGGUCAACUUUAAGGAUAAAGCUCAGCCCAAGGUGGGCUCGAUGGAUAAUGUCAAUCAUGAGCCCGGAGGAGGGAAAGUUAAGGCUGAGGGGGCCCAGGAGACUGCUGGGGGCAGCGGGGCUCCCUCUAGUGGUGUCUCAGCAGGCCCUGCCCAGGAGAAUGGGCUGAAGGAGGGCGCCCCCUGCAGGAGUGAGGAGCUCCGGGACCCACAGGGUCUGGACUCACUCAUCCCUGAAACAAGCAUCUAACUCGACUUUUUGCUAUCACUCUGUCCUCCUCAUUUCCCCCCCGACCGCUUCCUCUCCUCCCCUUCCUUAUGUCCUGUCCCUCCUCUGUCCUGUCUCUCUCUCUCUCUCUCUCUCUCUCUCUCCACACUCUCUGAUGUAGAUUGAGUCUUUCAAGCUAAAUUUCCGCGAGAACGCCCGCUCUCGCACGGACCACGGCGCUGACAUCAUCACCUGGCCCGUUUCGGGCGACCGUCACCUUCUCCGCAGCAGCGUCUCGCUCAACGACUCCCUCUCGACCGCCGGCAUCCCUCGCUCUCUCACCACCCCGAUCCUCUCAUCCUCCCAGGAGCCAGGGGGCGACGUCAGCUCGCUCACCGGACUCCGGACGUGAUUUCUGUCUUCUCAUUGGUCCACUGCUCUCUAAAGCCCGCCUCCUUCCAUUGCUAAGACUCACAUGAUUGGUGUGCUCUCUGUUGGUGAGGCUGUACAGACUACAGUCAUCAGGAUGUGAGCAAAAAAUGCUCAUAUGUAAACGUGUCUGGGUGUGAAAUCUGUUACACUUUAAACUCGCGCUACUCAUCCCUAGCCAUCCGCACACCUGCGACAUCUCUUGUGGUAGAGCAUGAAUCUAGUAUUCAUUAUCAAACCUGCUCAUGCCCAUCUGAUCAUCACUUGCAAACACCUCUGGAUCCAUCUGGACAUCAUCUCUCGCUGUCUUCAAGUCCUCAUGGGAAGUUUGUGCUUAAGC